CCCAAAUGCAGUCUACACUGUUGGGUUAUGCAGGGGAGAUGUUAUGUCAGAUUUCUGCCAUAGCUGCCUUAAAAAUUCAUCAGUCCUGCUGCCACUUUUAUGUCCAGAUCAGAAGCAAGAUUUUGGGAUGUACGAUGAAUGCAUGUUAUCUUACUCAAGACACCUCAAUAUUAGGCAAGAAGGUAGAUCCUAUAAUUACUGUCUAAAUGUGGAGCGUGAACACUGCAACAAAUUGGAACAAUUACAAUCAAGUCCUAACAGGAUUGCUGCGAAAUAUGAGUAGCAGAGCUGCAUCAGGUGAGUCAAGUCUAAAGUUUCCUGCAGGAAAUGAAGACGGACCUGACCUUCAAAAAAUAUAUGCUGUCGUUCAGUGCACACCUAAUUUGAAUGAAUCAGAAUGCAACAACUGCUUGGUUUGGGCUAUCUCACAAGUUCCAAAUUGCUGUAAUAACAGGCAAGGUGGUCGGAUUAUUACACCCAUCUGUAACUUUAGAUAUAAGAGUAGCAGAUUCUAUGCAAGUCAAGCUGAUGUGCCAUUAUCCGCACUGUCGCCGGAAGUGUCCCCUCCUCCUACAUCUCCAUCAACUCCUCCAUCCACCAACACUACAUCUUCAUCACCUCCUCCAUCUGCUGCCACAACAUCCUCAAAAGGAAAAAAAAUCACAGAUUAUCAUUGCCAUUGUUGUGCCUACUGCCGCCUUGGUUGUGCUGCUUGCGUUUGUUUGGACCUGUGUGAGAGUGAGAAAGCAAGGAAGAAAAUUUCCAAGUACAAGUCAAUUAUUGCUGACAACUUGACAAUGUUGAUCAAAGUCAAAAUCUAUUAA